AGCCCUACCCUCAGGAUGUUUGAUACCAGAAUUAGCAUUUCUUUAUAAAGAAUCAAAGACUCAUACUUUAAUGUAAAAUUCACAGAGCUGAUUCAAUUAUUACUGGUCUUUUUUUUCCUUUUAAAAACAUCAUUUUAAUUAGGAUCUUGUAUACUUUUAAUAAUCUUCUCCCCCACAGACUGAAAUGUCCUAGUCAAAACCUCUAUGUCCUGUUUACAAAAGCCAAGGAUAUUUGUUUUUAAUCGACUGUUGAAUAACAGUUUCCACCCAGUAAACGUGCAAGCAGCCAUCCCCAACUUAUUAUCUCUGAUAGCUCCCUUCUUUUUUUCCAGUACUUAUAAAAAAUUCAGUUGAAGAAUACAGGUACUGCCAGUGGUGUCUUGUGCAUGGACGUAGUUAGGGAAGUAACCCCAUCAUGAAGUGCUCCUAGCAUCUUAUCUCCACCAAAGACGUAAGUUGGCUUGAGAGUUAUUUUUGUGGUUUGUGUCAAGAUCACUGAGGAGACAGUGCUAUAAAAAUGUGUAAAGGAACCCAUAAGUUCUUACUCAGGAUUUCUCACUUAAACAUUGGUGGAAAACAGACCCACAUGGAUCCCAAUUCAGGUGCCAUGAAGUUCACCUAAUGAGAGAGAAAUCAGCUUGAAGAACAAGUCAGGAGAAGUGGAAUGAGGGGUGAGUAACGACAAAGAGACAAAAGGUGAGGGAAGGCAAGGGCAGGGUCAUCAGAUGAUGCAGUACAGAGAGAGGGGAAGCUAGAGAUUUAUGUAACAUCUUAAGGAGCAGAUAGGCAGAGAAGAUUCUGCAGCCCACAUGCAUCUGCUCUGGAAUCUGAAAAUUACUUUGGAGGGUUUUUAUUUUUUAUCAGUUCCUCUGCCUGAUGUUUCACAAAGCUCUAGUUCCUAUCUGAUGCAGUGCACAAGGAGCCCAGUACCUUGCAUAUGGGGGCUCCUCAAAUAUUUGUUGAUUGAUAAAAACUGGGAAAGAAAAUAGGGCAAGUGAUGAAUUACUUUUUUCCCAUAACCCAGAAUCUAUUUUCUUUUGUAGAAACAGGGUCUUGAGGCUGUCUCUAUUCCCCAGACUGGUCUCAAACUCUUGGCAUUAAGCAACACUCCAGCCUUUAUCCUUCUGUGUUGGCCCAAAGUGCUAGGAUUAAAGGGAUAAGCCUUCAAGCCUGGCCAGCUGAGAAUCUAUUUUAAACUACACCUAUAAAUUCAAACCACUCCUGUCUACCUGGCCAGCAAGCCCUCAAAAGAUCAUGCAGCCUGGUUUCUUCACCUGUACUUUGAGACAUUUUGCUUCCUCUCAUCUGAAGAUAUCUUGGAUUCUUACUGUUUUUCCAGCAAUUUUUAAACGGGGGUGGGGAAUAUACAGGAAAUAGAGAUUGUAGGAAAAGUAUAAGAUGGUGGUUUGGGGGAAAAGUGAUGUGUGUGUGUGUGUGUACAAAGCCUAAACAGUUUGAGACUUGAGUUGGAAAAUCUGGUUUCUAAUCCACUAAGCCAGUAACUUGUAUGGCAAGUCAUUUGAUUUGCCAUGCCCUGUUUCCUCAUUUUCCAAGUAGAAAUAUUAGUACUUAUUUUACAUAUCUCAUAAAGUGGCCCUAAAGAUGUAAAGAAAUAACCUAUCAGAGAAUUUUUUUUUUUUUGACACAGCCUCAAGCUGUCACCCUGGGUAGAGUGCCGUGGUGUUGUAGCUCACAGCAACCUCCAACUCGGGCUCAAGUGAUCUCUUGCCUCAAUUUUUCUAUUAUUUAUUUAUUUAUUUAUUUUGGGACAUAGUCUUACUAUGUCACCCUCGGUAGAGUGCUGGGGCAUCACAGCUCACAGCAACCUCAAACUCUUGGGCUUACGCGAUUCCCUUGCCUCAGCCUCCCUAGUAGCUGGAACCACAGGCGCCCCCCCAAAAUGCCCAGCUAUUUUUUUUGUUUUUGUUAUUGUAGCUGUCGUUGUUUGGCAGGUUGGGGCGGGUUCGAACCCAUCAGCCCUGGUGUAUGUGGCUGUGCCCUAGCCACUGAGCACUGAGUUAGUUUUUCUAUUUUUAGUAGAGAUAGGGUCUCCAUCUUGUUCAGGCUGGUCUAGAGCUCAUGAGCUCAAGCAAUCCACCCACCAGAGCCUCCCAAAGUACUGGGAUUACAGGCAUGAGCCACUGCUCCUGACCAAUAUCAGAGCAUUUUGAAAGGAUAAACUUUUAUAUUAAGUCUAAAAUAGUAGAAUUAAUUGAUAUGGUUGAUGGAAAGAGGUCAAGAUUAGGAAGAAAGUUCAGGCUGGGAAUGGAGAUGGAGCUUCUCCUUCAUCUGACAGAUACCAGGAAAAGCCAAAUAUCCUCCUCAGAUCACAAAUUUAGCCAACGCUUUCUUUCAUCUUUAGACAUCUCUGGAAAAAGUUUUUCCUUUUUCCUGCUCGUCUGUGCCAGAGAUGUUCAGUGAAUUUGGGGGUUAUUGCACCGCUACCACAUGCCAGGCAAUGCGUUUAUUAGCUUAAGUAUUAUUUCAUAAUUAGCACUGGGGGACCCUUUUAUCUCAAAGGACUUCCACAGGUCAUCACUUAUAUUCUCCUUGUUGAUAGAAAUGGCUCCACUAUUUAAUAUAUGGAUGAACGGAGGCCUAAUAAAGAAAUUCAAUGACUUGACCAAAGGGCACAAAGUGAUCCUGAAACCAGUACUCGCCUCAUUUAGGUUUCUGUCUCCCUUCUUCUCAUCAAUAUGUAUCAAAAGACAAGAAGUUACUAAGAGCUUCACGCAGCCUCCGAGGCAGAGUGGGGCAGCGAGAUCAGCAGAGGUUCCCCAGAGUCAGGGCAUUCUUGGCGCAGGACAGAAUGGGCAGCAGGGAAGGACACCCAGGUGGCAGGAAGUUUAAUCCUCACCUGGAACUUGCAUUUAAAGCCACUUGGUGUAAUGGAUCAUGGCUUUGAGUCAGACAAUUCUAUUCCUGCCAACAUUUUAUACAGCGUGUGUCUGCAAAUCCCUGUGUCACUUUUUUUCCUGUGCAAUGGAGAUCACCGUAUCCAUCUCAUAAUCAGGAUUAUUAUUCUGAGACUCAAACAAGGCCUGACCGUUUGUAAACUGGAAGAAAUGUGUAUUAACAUUAACUUCUCUCCCACCCCCACCUCCAAGGCGCUGGCACUCUCUGAAACAUAAAACUUUUUCCCACCAUUUGACCUGCCCAGGUCACUACCACCCAGGAAGCGCGAAUGCCUGCCGCCAGGUCUGGGUGGCGCGCCCUCCCACCUCACGCUCUCUUUUGCGCUUUUGGUGAGGAAGGGAGAUGAUUCCGAUCUUGGUCGUCUCCGGUCCUCACGGGUCCGCGGGUCUCUUGGCAGGUCGGGCCGCACCGGCGGGCUGGUUCCCCCCUGCGCCCCGGCUGUCGGUGCAGGCGCUGGUCGCCGCCCCCGGGAAGCCGUCCCCCCUGCGGGGUCUCGCUGGCCGUCCUCACCCGCGUUGAGUCAGAGACAAAGGCGGGGGGCGGGGAGCGCACGGGCUGCGGCGCCGCGAUUCGCCCUUUAUUCUGAACCGGCAACGUCAGCGGGCCGCGGAUGGAGCUGCGGGGCGCGGGCUGGGACGCCCACAGCGCGCCGGGCCGGGCUGGCGGGCGACGGGGGCGCGCUCGGGGGGCCGGGCCGCGUGGGCGCCGGGAUGGAGGGCGCCGGGGGGCGAGGGCUGGGCGCGCGAGUGUACCAGUGCGAGGGAGGCCGGCCUCUAGUGUAACCGGAGCCUCAGAGCCGGGGAGCGUCCGGGAGAGGGCGGGAGGAGCGGCGGCGGCGCCCCGGCAUCUCCGGCGCCCCCUCGAAGCGGCCUCGACCUCGACGCGGAGCCGCCCCUCGCCCCGCUGCCCCGCGCCCACUCGGCAUGAUGAAGAAGAACAAUUCGGCCAAGAGGGGGCCUCAGGAUGGAAAUCAUCAGUCCGCACCGCCCGAGAAGGUUGGCUGGGUCCGGAAAUUCUGCGGGAAAGGGAUUUUCAGGGAGAUUUGGAAAAACCGCUAUGUGGUGCUGAAAGGGGACCAGCUCUACAUCUCCGAUAAGGAGGUAAAAGAUGAGAAAAAUAUCCAAGAGGUAUUUGACCUGAGUGACUAUGAGAAGUGUGAAGAGCUCCGGAAAUCCAAGAGCAGGAGCAAGAAAAAUCACAGCAAGUUUACUCUUGCCCACUCCAAACAGCCUGGUAACACGGCCCCCAACCUAAUCUUCCUGGCAGUAAGUCCAGAAGAGAAGGAAUCCUGGAUCAGUGCCCUCAACUCCGCUAUCACCCGAGCCAAGAACCGCAUCUUGGAUGAGGUCACCGUUGAGGAGGACAGCUAUCUUGCUCACCCCACUCGAGACAGGGCAAAAAUCCAGCACUCCCGCCGCCCCCCAACUAGGGGACACCUAAUGGCUGUGGCUUCGACUUCUACCUCGGAUGGAAUGCUGACCUUGGACCUGAUUCAAGAGGAAGACCCUUCCCCUGAGGAACCAACCUCUUGUGCUGAGAGCUUUCGGGUUGACCUGGACAAGUCUGUGGCCCAGCUGGCCAGCAGCCGACGGAGAGCAGACUCAGACCGUAUCCAGCUCUCCUCAGAUUGGACAAGCAGUCUUCCCCGGCCUUGGGAAAAGCCAGACAAGGGGGCCACUUAUACCCCCCAGGCACCCAAGAAGUUGACCCCUACAGAGAAAGGCCGCUGUGCCUCCCUGGAGGAGAUUCUGUCUCAGCGCGACUCUGCCCCAGCCCACACCAUCCACCUGCAGGCUGAGGAGCCCACAAGCCCCAUCCUACCCCACCCGGGGCAGCUGUCCCGGAUCCAAGACCUGGUAGCAAGGAAACUGGAGAAGACUCAGGAGCUGCUGGCAGAGGUUCAGGGACUAGGAGACGGGAAGCGAAAGGCCAAGGACCCCCCUCAGUCUCCGCCUGAUUCUGAGUCAGAGCAGCUGCUGCAGGAGACAGAGCGGCUGCUGGGAGAGGCAUCCUCAAAUUGGAGCCAGGCAAAGAGGGUGCUGCAGGAGGUCAGGGAGCUGAGAGACCUGUACAGACAGAUGGACCUGCAGAGCCCAGACUCCCACCUCAGACAGACCACCACGCACAGUCAGUACCGGAAGAGCCUGAUGUGAAGGAAGGGGACAGCAUCUGGAACUUGUGGGGGGUGGACAGACUCUUAUCUCCAAGUGUUGCAGGAUAAAGCUUUUUUAUUUACCUCAACAAAAAAAAAAAGGAAGCAAACCCAUUCUUUCGCUGCUGCCUGUACUCCAACCGGCCUUCUUUCCAGCCUGCCCACCUCAGGUUUGAGAUGACCCCAAAGCUGUAUUAAGAAGCUCCCAGCUGGGCAGAAAAAGAGAAAGGGUAAUAAAGAUGUGCUCCGACCAUUUUACACACA